AUGGCUGAUACUACUGAUCAUAGUGGUACCCAAAUAAACGUACCAAACAGCAGCAUUAGCAACAUGCCUCUAAAACUCUUCGGGUUCGACGUCGUCUCAGAACACUGCGAACCAACCUCAAUCAAAUCUCCAUCUGCUUCGCCGGAUUCCGCCGCGUCUCAGCUCUUCUCCCGCCGUAAAUACGCGUGCCAGUACUGUUACCGCGAGUUCUCCAACUCCCAAGCACUGGGCGGUCAUCAGAACGCCCACAAGAAAGAAAGACGACACUUGAAACGCCCAAAAGUAUUCCAACCCACCCGAAACUUCCCAGCUCCGUUCGCCGGAAAUCCGAUCGCGUCGGCAUUCGCCCCAUCACCGCGGCUACUCGCUUCGUCGGGUGCGGCCGAGGCGCCGGCGUACUCUGCCUGGGAUCACGAUUACUUCUCGUCUCUCCACCAGCCGCAUGGCGGCUUCUUCCGGUCUCGGGCCGACGAUGCGGUGACGGUUCCGGCGUCGCCGAGCGCGCUUUCUCAUCAAGUGCGGGGAAGGGACGGAGGUUCGCCGGCGUUCAGCGACUUCAACGGAGGCAUUGAGGGGAGUGAUUACUCUGACGAGAGGUUGGGCUUGGAUUUGCAUCUGAGUCUUGGACCAUCUGGGCUGUGA